CACCUGCUCUUCAGGACAAAAGAAGUUGGACGAAUCCUGAAUUUACCACCCGGCGUUCCAGGAGGCAAUACCCAGUGGUCUGACCGUUGCUGUCCCUGUGGGUCCUGACCUGGGCCCUCCUGUUCCCUGGAGGAUCCGUCACUUGCUCUUCCGCACCUGCUCUUCAGGACAAAAGAAGUUGGACGAAUCCUGAAUUUACCACCCGGCGUUCCAGGAGGCAAUACCCAGUGGUCUGACCGUUGCUGUCCCUGUGGGUCCUGACCUGGGCCCUCCUGUUCCCUGGAGGAUCCGUCACUUGCUCUUCCGGAAUUAGAAACCACCGAGGGAUCUCUCCUCCCCGAGUCCUUGCAAGCCUUGCUCGUCUGGAGAGUAGCUCUUGGCCAAGAUUUGACAGCAGAGAGCCAUGGACCAGAACAGCGCAGGGGAGGAGGGUGCCCUUCCAUCCGAGAUACACCUCUCUUCAUUUUCUGAGAGUCAAGGACUCAACUGCAUCAAUGCCCUCAACCAGGAUCUGGGUCCCAGCUCCCGAGACCUGCUCUAUGCUGGCCUGAGUCGUUUGGACAUGGACCCCAGCCUCCCAGCACCCAAUGUGCCCAGCAAGGUGCUGGAGGACAACUUGGAUGCUUUCUCCCUGUACUCUGGGGAGGACCGUGACUCCGUGAAGCUGCUGGAGAAGUAUGCAGACCCAGCAUCUCAGGCUUCUUUACAGGACCUGAGGCUGGGCAAGCUUCCGGUCCCUAAAGAGGCUGACGAAGGAGGCAGGGCCACCUCCGGGAGCGCAGGGAAAGAAGAGCAGCAUCACACUUGGCCUCAGAAGCUGCUUCUGGAUUGCAGCGUCUGCGGGAAGGUUUUCAGCAGCACCAGCUCUCGGAGCAAGCACUACCUCACGCACAGCCAGGAACGGAAACACAUUUGCGGAAUCUGCAGCAAGGCCUUUAAGCGCAAGGACCACCUGACUAGGCACAUGCUCACCCACCAGAAGACCAAGCCCUUUGCGUGUAGGGAGCAGGGCUGCAGCAAGAGCUACUGUGAUGAUCGCUCCCUGCGCCAGCACUACGAGGUCCAGCACGGCUUGUGCGUCCUGAAGGAGGCCCCCCCUGAGGAAGAAGCCUGUGGGGACUCCUCUCCUGCCCACGAGGGGGCCGGCCAGCCUGCUGCGGAUGGCCUGCGGUCCCUGAUGCCUCCAGAAGCCAGGUCCUCAGGCCCCCUUUUGCCCAACCGAGAGCCCCUGCGCUCUAUUGUAAGCAGCAUGGUCCACCAGGAGAUCUCUUCUCUCGGCCCAGUCCUGGCCGGGCCCUCAGAUGACGGGGAAGGGAAAAACACAGCCUGUCCCUCCCCACCCUCACUGGGGCCUUACACCUGCACCCCAGCGGCCCCAGGGACCCUGGGCACUGAUGUUCCUGAGGAGUGUCAUCCCCUGUGGAAGGAGCCUGCCACUGGGUUCACAGCCAUUCACUCCAGGGUAGCAGAGGAUGGUGGUCCACACCCAGCUGAGUUGGAGCGGCCACCCCAGCAACUGCCCACCCUGGAGAGCUGGCAGGAGGCUGGGCCUUCGGUGGACCCCCCACAGGACUCAAAGCCCAAGCUGACGAUAUCCAACAGGAUCCAGGAUGGAAAUACCUACCGGCUCCCCGAUCCAGUGAAGGAGGAGAGCAUGGCAGCAGGCAGAUGUGACAAGUGGCUGUCACCUCAAAGGAAGCAGGACCAACAGGUGAAGGUGCGCGUGCAGCUGCCAUCUCUUCUCUGUCGGUGUUUGGGUGUCCGGCAUGGAGUUUUUCAAGCCUCUGAGACAGGCGCUGAGGCCGGAGGUGGAGGCACAGAGCCCCCCAGGAGCCUGGAAACCCUCGACGGCAUGAGCACAGCUCCUCUGGGGACGCCUGCGUCGGAGCCUGUGGGCCCAGUGAGCCAGCCCCCGGGGAGCACCGCCAAGGGACAAGACAGAGACAGCGAGGAGAGUAGCCAGCCCAGAAAGCGGAGAAAGUGCCUGCGGCCCAAGGCAUCGUUCCUGCCUCCCGCUCCUUAUGCCUUUGGGGAGCCGGGCCCCGAAGGAGGCCACCAGAGCUGCCUGUGGUUUCCGGUGCUCCUGGUGGACCACUCCCUGCAGGGACUGUUCCAGUGGUCUCCCAAUCAACUGGAUGACUCUAACGGCAGCCAUGUUAUAAAGGAUGACACAAAGCCCCACAUUCGAAUACGCAUCAGGAGAGGAAAGAAGUUUCAGGCCGAGAUCCCGGAGCUCCAGGAGCGCCCUACAGCCGAGACCAUUGAACAUGGAGCUUCUCUGGUCUGGAAGCCAUCGGACGAUGCAAUUAGCAAUCCAGAAACACAGGAUCAAGUGGAUGACUGUUUUGGCAUCUGUGCAAUCGAGAAUGACACCAAGCCCAGCAUUAGACCACACAUCAGGAUAGGAAGCGAGUUUCAGGCCGAGAUCCCGGAGCUCCAGGAGCGCCCUACGGCCGAGACCGGUGAAUAUGGAGCUUCUCUGGUCUGGAAGCCAUCGGACGAUGUGUCGAGCAAUCCAGAAACACAGGAUAGAGUUACUGAGCUCUGCAAGAUGGCGUCCAGCGCGAUGCCAGGAGGGGGCACCAACCUGGAGCUCGCUCUGCACUGCCUGCACGAGGCCCAGGGCGACGUCCCGGUGGCCCUAGAGACCCUGUUACACGGAGGACCCCAGAAGCCGCUGACUCACCCUCUUGCCAACUAUCACUACGCAGGUUCAGACGUCUGGACCUCCCAGGAGAAGAUUCUGUUUAAUAAGGCAUUCCAGGCUCAUAAGAAGAACUUCCACUUGAUACACAAGAUGGUAAGGUGUAUGUGGGUGGGCUGGUGUAGACAAGGCCUCGACUCACACCACUGAGCCGAGCUAGAGCUGGAGGGCCUAUCGGGGUGACACGCUGUUCACACUGUAAACAGUUGGUAAUUUAAAAAAGCCACUGAUGUGAACAACUCCAGACAGUACAGGAAUGCCAUCACGUGCUCAAAGCCCUCCGCACCCAUCCCCGUCGUCCUACUUCUGAAUGAUGACCUCUGACUUUGGCUGGGCACCUCAGGCAUUUCUUUCCCUGUACAGAUCUUACGUGCAUAUACGCAUGUAUUUAGAAAAGGAUGCGAUCAUACUACACUUCAUGUCUGCUGAUGUUUUUUGUUCUUUUAACUUGAUAAACACAAAACUGCACGUAACAAAAAUGUACUAUUUCAUGUUUUGACAUAUUUAUACCUGCAAAACCAUCACCAUAGUCAAGAUAAUAAACACAUUCAUCACCCCCAAAAG